AUGUGGCGCGGUGUGCAUGUGGGGUCACACGAGGAAGCGCGCCACAGUCGAUCCAGGGUCGACCGCAGCAAGACCGAAUAUCACGAUGUCAAUCGAACCUACAACGAUGUAGCCCAAGCGCUGUCACAGUAUCCAUCUCUGUCGCCGAGGACUGAUGUCCACACGUUCCCCGACGGCAACUCUGCCCUGCUUCUCCAUCUCUCGGGGACAAUACCGGUCCUGUUCCGCGGCGCAACUUACCGUUUCCCGAUAUCGAUAUGGGUACCGCACGCAUACCCGCGCGAGCCUCCCCUGGCCUACGUGACCCCGACCGAGACCAUGGUCGUCCGUCCUGGUCAGCACGUUGACCCACAGGGUCAGGUCUAUCACCCCUACCUUGUUGGCUGGUCGACGUUUUGGGAUAAAUCUACUAUCCUGGACUUUCUGGCUAUUCUACAAGACAUCUUCGCCAAGGAGCCCCCGGUUGUUGCCCGCCAACAAGGGCCACCUCCUGCCGCCCGACAAACACACACACCGCCUCCCGUACCUCCGCUGCCGCCCGACCUCGCCCCGAGACCUGCCAGCGGAGUACAAUCCGCGGCACCGGACGAUACAAGACCACCCCCACCUCCACCAAAGCCGGGGCCCCAGGUCGCAUCUCAACCGCAACCCUCUCCAAUUCCCGUUCAACAGAGCGGACCCCCAGUCCCCCCGCCUCCGCCAAAGGUGGGCGGCCAACCGAGUCACCAUGCACCCAACGGGCAACCGAUGUCGCGUCAGGAACCCCCGAGACCUGGACCCUCGCGUUACGAGACAGCCCCUCCGCUGCCGCCCCAAGGACCACAAGCUCCACUGGCGCAAAGGGGACCCUUAUCCCCCCCCGCCCAAAAUCCCCCUCCUCAACGCCCUCCGCAGUAUCAAGGGCCUCCGCCAGCCGGCUUCCCACCGGGUCCCCAGCAGGCCCCCGUCCCACCGUCCGACCCCCGGCACAUGGCAACCUUCAGCCACCCUCCGCAAUACAACACCCCUCCGCCAACCUGGCAACAACCCCCGCCGCCCGUUCAGCCCCAACCGAAACCCAAACCGCCCCCUCCUCCCGACCUCAUGGACGACGACCUGACGCUCGCCAUCCCCUCCCCCUCAGCCGUCCCCGCACCACCCAUCCCCCCCAACCCCGAAAAGGACCACCUCCUCCACCAGCUCGCCCAAACCCUCUACAUGCACCGGCAAAAAGCGCGCGCCCAAAACACCACCUCCCUGCAGGGCCUCCACGCACAGCGCGCCGCCAUGCAACAAGCCAUGGCAACACUCCAAGCCGAGUCGGCGCAGCUGACGCAGCUGACCGCACUGCUGACAUCCAACACGGCGAUCCUGCAGGACUCGCUGCGGCAGGCGGACGGGGUGAUCGAGGGGUCGGCGAACCACCCGGAGCCCGACAUCGACGAGCUGCUGGUGGCGCCGACCGUCGUGGGCAACCAGCUGUACGAGCUGGUGGCCGAGGAGCGCGCGCUCGCCGACGCCAUCUUCGUGCUGGGCCGCGCCGUCGAGCGCGGCCGCAUCGUGCCGCAGACGUUUGCCAAGAUGACGCGCGGGAUGGCGAGGGAGUGGUAUCUGAAGAAGGCUUUGGUCAAGAAGAUUGGGCGGGGGAUGGGCUUGGCUGAGUAGGGGGGAGUGGGCGGAAGUUGAAGUUGUGGAAGAAGGGUGCUGAGGGACAAGAGUGGGGAUGAUGUGAAUGUGUCAUGAGCAUGAGGUCCAAGGAUUAUGGUCGUCUGUAGAAGGGUUUAAAAAAUAUCAAGGCCGUCGAAAGCACAUGCCUGUCUGUUUCUCGAUGACAACAAAGUUGACGCAACGCCCGCUUCCUCGCGCGUCUACGUCAGGUUUGGCGAACGAGAUCCAGGAACACUAUUGCUUUCCAUUUAAGCUUGAGCUUCGACCUCCGCGUUGCUGAUGUAACCUAGACCAUAAGAAAAGACAUACAAACAAUACACCAAUCUCCACACU